AUGUCUACGGCAGCUACACAACCAACCUUAUGCACGCUGCAUAUUUGGCCUUCUAGAUGGAAUCUCCCAUCUAUUGACCCCACAUGUAUUGCAGCAGUUUUCUACCUGCAACUGACCAUUCCAGGGAAAUUCGAAGUUGUAGAAUGUACUAACCCCGACGUGUCCCCUAGCGGUGCGCUUCCCUUCCUCAUACAUGGCCAUGCCAUAGUGUCAUCCCUCCCAGCCAUCAUUUCCUUCGUUUCCUCGCUGGCAAAGUCUACCUCAUCAGGUGCAAGGGAUCUCGACGCGUCCCUAAAUGCACCACAAAGAGCAAAGCGAACCGCUUGGUGCUCGCAUGUUGAGGCGAAUAUUGGGGACCUCGUGGCAUAUUCGUUCUAUUCUUUGGACGACAACUUCUGGAAACUCACAAAUCCCACUAUGGCAUCUAUGCUUCCAAUUCCGCAACGCUACUAUGUGCCUGGACGUAUACGUGAAAUGCAUCGACCACGCCUAGAGGCUGCAGGUCUGUGGACACAGGCAGCCUCUGAAGCAGAGAAAGACUCCUUUGGGAAACGACAGAAGAAAGACGACCCCAAAGACGAGUAUGCGCGCGCUUUUGAACGGGACAAAGUAUCUACGCAAGCGAAGACAUCGUUUGCUCUUUAUGCAAAGUUACUGAAUGGGCAGAAGUUUUUCUUUGGGGAGCGGCCGAAGACUCUUGAUGUUUACCUAGCCUCGCACAUUCUCCUGUUGCUUGAUCCGCCAUUCCCGGACCAAUUAAUGCGAAGUAUUCUAGAGGAGUCAUACCCGACGCUCGUAGAGCAUGCGCACAAUGUGCGGACAGAAGUCUCACAAAUGCCGCGCCAGUAUCUUGUCGUUUCUGCGCAAAAACAGUCGUUGCUGUCGUUGAUACCACGACCCCUGAGUAACCCUCCCAAAAUGAGGAGCGAGAUGGAUGAAGUAGACCUUCGAUUUCGUAGCAUGAGAUGGAUAUGGUUUGCCCUUGCUUUUGGCGGCGUGGCGUGCUACGCUGCUCAACUCUGGAUAAAGGUCACCGUCGUGAGGGCCAAUGGGAGACAUCGACGUGUGCAGAGGCGUGGGGCCGACCAAGAACAUGAAGCGGUGGUUACGGAUGAAGAAGGCGAAGAAGAAGGUGGCGAAGAGGAAGAUGAAGAUGAAGAUGAGGGUGUUCAGGACGGGGACGAGUAG